AUGCUUUUUCUCGUGUCGCUGGGAAAUUACCACCGAGCCGCCCACCACCAUGAAGUCUCCUGCCGAGUCCCCGUCAUCAACCGGGACAAUAUGCGCCAAACCCAUUACUCCUGCCGUGGGUGCACUGCCAUGCUCACGUACAACAAGAGUGAACGAAUCUCCGACAACAAUAUGCGGCUGAUGCGACUUGAUCCCGCCCUCGACAAGUAUGAACGCUCGUUCGAGAUCUUCCGUCGCGCCUUUCGUGUGUGGACUGAGGCGGAUUUGAUUGAGCAUAUUCGAGCCGAAUGCAUUGCAGGUUGGAUCUUGCUGUAUUUUUGA